AUGCGGCCCCGCCGGAUUCCCAACGCUCAUUGUUCUAAAGAUCGCGCCAUUGAAUACCCAUCUAUGCGGGAAAGAAUCCGCCCGGGUUUAAUAUGCGGCGCGGUCGCACGGCAAAUAUCGGAGGCGGGCCGGAUAGGAACGCGCGGCAUUUCGCCGGCUUUAAGGCGUACCGUUUUAAGGACGUGCCCCGGUUAUCGAUAUGUCGACGGGGUGUCGAACACGGCGCGUGACUAUGGCCCGCUAAUGCAGUCGUCGACAAUUGCCACCGAUGAU